AUGUCGAUCAAUAGUCUCUCCACAGAGCUCCUUCAGAGGAUCUACGAAUACACCAACAUCCAAGACGCGCUUCACCUCGCGCAAACCUCAAAGAAACACUACCGCACCCUCCUUGGCCGCCGCAUGCCAAUCCUCGAACAGGCCAUGCACAAUUCAUAUGGCCCUCUCCCCGAGCUUGUCAAGCUUGUCCUAAGCAAAGAACCCGAAAAGAGUCGGAGACCUAUGGGUACCGAGUUCCGUCGUACAAACAUGGUCGAGCGAAUCCUCGAAGUGGAAGAUAAGCCCAAGCUGACCCUCGAGCUGAUGAAGAGGAUGGUCGAGUACGGCAAGGUGGCAGAGAAAUGGGUUGAGCUGUACCCGCGCCUCCGAUGGCGUUUUGGGUCUCAUCAUCGCCGUCUGCUACGCAGCCAUGAAAAACUACGCGUGCACCGAGCUGUGUACAACUAUUGGACGUACACGAACCUGUUCCACGACCAAGCAUACACGCAAUUCGAUCCCGACUUCCCAAACACGUCUGAUGAUCUACGCAUGCGUCUCGUGCGUACAUUCUCCGAUAAUGCAGUGCAUGAUCUUAGCGAGCUAGUUUACCACAUCAAACUCGCUAUCGAACUCGACCUUUUCCCCUCCAACCGGACUGUACAAGACUACCACGGCAUGCCUCUCCGAUCUCUCGACAAGCUGGCCUGGGGCGAAGAAGGACCACGGUACUGGCGUCUUUUCAACAGCAUCCUGAAACUCUCCCCUGCCUGCUUCAUCCACCUCAUCGAGCACACAAACACCAAAUCCGAGCGCGCGGAAUUCAUCGCCGCACAAGGCGAGCACUUCCUACAUACUCCAGCAACGCUAAAUGAAUGCCUGUUCCAGCACGCCAAUUCAGCUCAUAUAAACUGUGGUUUGUAUUCCGUGGAACAGUGCUUGCCAUCAGUCCAUAUAGAUCGCCGUACGCUACAGGAAGACGUUGCGCGGUGGACUUGUGCGUGGGGCAUCGUGGAACGUUCUGAGGAUGAGGAUAGGGAGAUUGGCAAGAGGAGGAAGGAAAAUAUUGGUUUUGUUCAUCUUGAUACUCCGAGAGCCCCUGAGGAGCUUUAA